AUGCCUCGCCUUUCUACACCUAUAACGCAAGACGAAUGCCUCUACGAUGGUCGUUGGAUUAAACAGGCUGACAAUGUAUUUGUUGACUUGCUGAUAGAGUCGCAUAUGCUUGGGCAGUGGACAAAUGGUCGUCCCGGGGGUGUGGUCUUCGAUUAUUGUUGUGGUUUUCUCAUCGGCGAGCUUGACCUUAUUUAUAGUCACGAUGAGUUAGAGGCCAGAUUCGACUUCCUUCAAAAGCGGUACCAAGCUUUUAGCUGGAUGCUAGGCAAGCCCGGUUUGCGCCACUGCGUACAAUCAAACAUCCUCACCGCUCUUGUUGCCGUUUGGGAUGAAAUCUUCGAGACGAUUUUAGCGUUGCUUAUCAACAUUACGGUGACCCCCGCUGGGAAGACUUGCGUUUCAUGUUCGAGGAGGUGUAUUCUACAAACCCAACUUCUGAAGUUGUUCAUGACCGCAACUCUACAAACGAAGGUUUUUUUUGCUCUCCCUGCUGCACGAACUAAUGUGGUUUCAGACAAUUCCUAUCACAAUGCUUUGCAGACGCUUUGUAGUCGCAACAACGCUCAUCCCCAACAUGGUGGUCCAUACGAUGCCACGUCUGCAAGCUCC